ACCAGCUCGGCCCCGCUUAUCUAGGACUGGAGCUAGGCGUCGCGGAGACGUACCUGAUGAAGGCCGUGGGCGGGUGCACCGGGCGGUCGCUGGCGCAGGUGCGUGCGGCUGCUCAGCGGCUGGGCGAGCUGGGCGCGGCGGCGCAGCAGGCCCGCGCGGCGCAGCGCAUGCUGUGCGCGCCCGCCCCGCUGCAGGUGCGCAAGCUGCACGCCGCCCUCAAGGACCUCGCCGCCAUCACGGGACAGGCGUCCGUCAACAAGAAGAUCAGCAAGAUCCAGGCGCUGUUCGUGGCGUGCCGCCACUCCGAGGCCAAGUAUUUGAUAAGGUCGCUGGAGGGCAAGCUGCGCGUGGGCCUGGCGGAGCAGUCGCUGCUGCAGGCGCUGGCGCUGGCGGCCGCGCGCACCCCGCCCGCCGGACC